AUGACAAACCUCACCACCUACCUAGCCGCAAAAGUCGCCCAAACCCGCAACCCCCCGCCCCACUCCAGCACACCCCGCCCACCCACGACGACCCCCAUCGCACCCACCCACCACUACACAGUCCCCGUCUCAUACCCCUCCCGCCCUUCCUCCGUCCUCUCCUUCGCCUCCCUCGCCUCCCAGCAUAAUCAGUUCGAUGCCCAUCACCACCAUGUGGGCCCGCUCGCGACGUCACCGACACCGACGACGAGGACGAUGAGGAUCGUGUCGCCUGUGUGCGGCCAAGAGGGGGAUGAGGAUGAGGAGGAUGAUGAAGAUGGGUACAGGGAGGGAACGCGUGGGGAGUCGCCUAGGUUCUCACCGCUGCGGGGUGUCUGGGAGGCUCCUGCUGAAACGGGCCAGCGCACGGGCGGCGGUGGGUUUGGCUUUGAUUUUGAUUUUGAUGUUGGGGGCGGUCUGGGGGGGUGGAAUGAGCGGAAGAGUGAAAGUGGGGCUAGAGUGCGAGGGGAGGGGAGGGAGGACGUAAGGCCGAGUAAUGUUCGGGCGGAUGCGGACGAGGAGGAGGAGGAAUGUGUGGGUGGUGGGGGUGGCGAGAUCCUGAGAGAAGGCUGGGUAUGGACGCAAAUGGCCAUGAACUGGAAACGGGUCUACGCCAUCGCCACGAGCUCACCAGGCGACGACGGGGGUGGGUUCUUGAACCAGUACGAGUCUGAUUCCGCAAUGCAACCCCUUCGCACCCUCCCCCUAACCCCCUCCACCCUCAUAACCCCCCACAAACCCCCCACAUACACACUCUCCACCAACCGCCACGAGAUUCGCAUCUCGUCCCCGGACUCGGUGAUGGCAACGGAUACCAUGUCGGAUCAGGCGGGGUGGGUCGCGGCGUUGAGGAGCAUCACGGGCGUGCAGGGCGGGAUGACCGUGAUGGAGGAGGAAGUGAGGCCCGUGCCGAGCGCGCCGGGGUUGGAGGAGAUCGGGAAGGGAGAGGGUAGCAGUGGUCCGGACGGUGCGGAUGCGACUCACCCACCCGGUACAAGCACCACCCCCAACGAAACGACCCCCGUCUUCCGCCGCUCACCCAUCCUCUCCCUCCCAACCGCCGCCGCCGCCGACCCCACCCACAUGCACACCGAACUCGCAGCCAUGAAAGACCUCCUCGUCAAACUCCUCGACGCGCAGAUUCGACACGACUCGGACUCGGCUGCGGACGCUGCGGAGCGGUUUGAGCAGCUGAGGGUGCAGGUUGGGAGUGCUGCUGAUGCUAUGCGGGAGGUUGCGGAGGUUACCAAUCGAUUGCGGGGGGAGAACACGGGGGAUGGUAUGGGAAAAGCUUCACCGACUGCUGCGUCGGUGGCGGAGAUGGAAUCGGCGGUUGCGGAGUUGACCGAGUCGAUGGAGAUGCGGACGAGUAAGAUUGGGAAGAUGGUGCAUGAGUUGCAAUUAAGGAGGGAUCCGGUGCCGGUUGUUGAGGCCUUGUUGGAGAAGGUGGAUGGCAACAUCCCUUCGGCUGCGCUGCAGACUGCUCUUGACUGGCUGAUGAAGACCGUUGGGGAGUUGAAAGACACAACGCAGGCGAGGGGCGAUGGCGAAAGCACGGCGGCGCUGGUCAAAACUAUGGCAGAGUCCUAUGUCGUGAGUCCAGAGCAUCCCAUCGACAUGGCUGCGCUGAAAACCACGCUGACACGGCUGGCUGAGGAGACGGGCGGUGUAAAGGGCGAGCUGACGGCGCUGCGCGAAGGCGAGCGAAGGGUGGUGGAGGUGGUUGAGAAAAGCAAGGGAUUGCUCGAGGAGCUCGUGCGAGAUGGUGGCGGGAACAGGACCGAAGAAAUGAAGCAGCUGACGACGUUGGUGACGGACAUUGCGACGGCUAUCGGGUCCUCCGACACCGAUUCGUCCUUACGGGAUGGGCUAGCCGACCUACGCGCACAGGUCGGAAGCCUGGACAAGACUCACGGCGACAAAACCGCCAGCGCCAUCGACACCAUCGUCGCCGCCGUAACGGGCACGUCCCAGCAGGUGAUUGAAACCCAGACCGGAGAGCUCCGGGCGCUCACCACCGCCGUUCAGAACCUCGAACGCGACCAAAUCGUCAAAUCCGACAUGGCGCCGCUACACGAAGCGAUCACCGCCCUAUCCGCCCAGCUCUCCGCCCCAUCCUCGCCCUCCAAACCAUCAGGCUCCCUAACCCAGGGCCUCGACCGCCCCACCGCGUACAUGAUCACCUCCAUGAACGACAAACUCAUCCACCUCGCCCGCCUCGUCGACCACGUGCAGGAGACCCAAAAGGCCCGGUUCACGAACCUCGAAGACGCCCUCCGCCGGUCCGCGCUCCUCCUCGCCAGCCGCACGCCCUCCCGCUCCUCGCAGCCCGACGACGAGGAGACAGAGACGGACCAGAUGCUGCAGCAGCGGAAGUUGACGGAUAUCCGCAGCUGUCUGGGCGCGAUCGAGGAGAAGGUGGCGCGGAUGGGCAGGGAGGGGCAGAGCUCGAAGGAUGUGCUGGAUGGGCGGUGGGCGCAUGUCGGGGAGCAGUUGAAGUACAUGCAGAGGACGUUGGGGAGGUUGGUGCAGGUCGGGAUGUUUGGGAAUGGGGAGGAGGGCGAGGGUGUGACCAGCGGCGGCGGAGCAGGAUCCAAAGAUGCUUCUCGCAAUACUGGGGGGGCCAACGCCCACAUACACACGUCUGCCGUUGCCACCGCCACCGCCCCCGACGCGACGCUGACAGCGACACUGACCGAGCACCGCCACCUCCUCGCCCGCCUCCACGCCGACAUGGCCGAGAUCAAAGACACGCUCUCCGACGACGUCACCGGCGACCGGCUGCAGCAUCUCGUGGCCAUGUUCGGCAUCUCGCAGGACACGCACGGGAAGGUGGCGGGGGACAUGGACGUGCUGAAGGCGCAGGUGGCGCGGAUCGUUGCUGCCGUCGACUCCGGUUCCACCCCCCCGACGGGGACGGGUGAAGAAGCGAUGGGGCGGAUCGAGACGCAGCUCGCGACGCUGGCCGCAAAGAUCCCCACCCCGCCCCCGCUGAAAGACACCGGGCCCCGCCUGCUCGAAUCCAUCCACUCGUGUCUGGUCAGCUACCUCCCGCUGGACCUGGACGCGCGGCUGACCGCGAUCCAGGACAGUCUCGCCAGCGUGUCGCGCACGCGCACCGUCCACGUCGUCGAACCCGGGCGGGCCGACUCGAACCUCACGAUGCUCGCGGACCUCACCCAGCGCGAACGCGCCACGACCGCCGCGCUGGACUCCAUCCAGCACGCGUUGGCGCGGAUGCUGGAGUGCAUGGACGCGUGCGGGAUCACCCGCGGCGGGAGCGUCGCCCGCUCAUCGGUGUCCGCGAUGGACGUGACGGAGCUGAGGGAGAUCCGUGCCGCGGUGUGCGAGGUGCGCGAGAUGGCCAGGCGCGGGUUGGGUGCUUCGCCUGCAUGUGCAGGUUCCACCCCGUCGGCCGCAGCCCUCGAGUCCGAGACAGCGGCCCUGCGCACAGCCCUCUCCACCCUGCAGGACACGCACGCUUCGCUCGCCGACGAAAUCGCUCACCUCCUCGACCAGCGCCACGCGCUGGCGAGGGAUAUCGCCGCCAUGGAGUCGCGGAAGAUCGAGCUGGGUGCUGAUGUGAAGGGCGAUGGGAGGAAUGGGGGGGCGGGUGUGCGACGGCCGAAGAGUGGGCAUGUGAUGGUGAAUCGGCGGAUCUCGUGUCCGCCCGGGAUCAGGGUUGGGGCUGCAGCUGGGGCCAGGAUUUGA